UCUACUGGCCAAGCUAACUUUUUGAAAAAUUUGGGGUUCUUAAAAAUAUGGAUUGUGAUGAUUUUACAACAUAUCCUAGAGAGUAGAGAGUGCGAGAGAACCAAACUGUGAGGCUGUGGUGAGGGAGGGAAACGUCAGUGGAGUUCGGCGUCUUUUCAUUGUUCAUCUUGUUUGACUUGAGCAUCAUUUUUCAUUUAAAGUAAUUACAGAAAUAUAGAAUUUAAGUAGAUUCUACACUGUCUAGAUUUAGAUAGAUCUAAUCUAGAGUCUAGACCUAGAUCUAGAUCUAGAUCUAGUCUAUCCAGACAAAAUGGACGCCAGACUCAAUUCGAGUAUUGUAUGGCAAUAUUUUCAUAGAGAAAAGCCUGGUGACCGCGCUGUAAAAUGUCGUUUAUGCGAAAGAGUGUAUACUAUGGCAGUAGGUGGUACAACUUCCAAUUUGAUUAAGCAUAUCAGAGGGAAGCACCUUGAUGACCCCCCGCCCACCAUUAUUACCAGCACUGAAGCUGAAAUUGAUACUUCUAGUGAUGCCCAGCAAACAUUUAUUAGGCCACCUUCUGAUCUAAAUUCUGAGGUUAACACUGACAGUGGGCAGAUUGAAGAGAUCGGGAGGAAGCUCACUUCCUGUGAAAAUCCAAGGAACUAUAAACGUAAACCUAAAAAGUUUACUUCUGUUGUGUGGAAACACUUUGUUUUACCAACUCCUGGAAGUGAAACCUGCUCUUGCAUUCACUGUGGGGCUGUCAUGUCAUACUCUUACGAACAUAGGGGAUCAACAACAAAUAUGAGAAGACAUGUUGAAAGAAAACAUCCUGAGCAGUUUUUGGAGACUGAGGGACAGAAAUGUUCAAUCUCUUCAGACAUAACUCACGAUAAGUCUCAAAAUUAUUAUGUGACUGCUAAUUCUAGAGAUACUGUGAAUGACAAUGAGUGUAGCAGUAGCUUAAUUGAGCCAAAAACUGAGCCUGUGCCCGUAGCGAGUGUAGACAAAUCAUUUCCAUCUGUUAAAUCACCGCUGAACAUUAAAAGUGGGGGCAGCAAAGAGAAAGAGCAAACUGACGCACUUGUAUUGCAAAUGAUAACAUCUGACCUACAGUCAUUGUCACUCGUAGAAAGUGAAGGCUUUCGUAAUGUUGUAAAAGCACUUAAUUCACAGUAUGAGCUACCCAGUUGUGAUAAGCUGUCUGAGGAUCUUUUACCUCACUUGUAUGAAGAAGUGCAACAAGAUGUGAAGAUUUCACUGCAGCUUUCUGACAAAGUGGCUAUUACUGCGGACAGCUGGAUGUCUUGGAGCUCAAAACAAUAUGUGACACUUACCGCUCAUUUUCUCUCCCAGUCAUGGGAAAAAAAGUCACUUGUACUCAGCACCAUGCAAAUCAGCAAUGACUUAACAGGUGUUGAACUUGCUGCUGAGUUAAAGAAAAAUUUAAUGGACUGGGAAAUUCAAAAUAAAGUUUGUGCUGUAUUGACUGAAACGGAUCUCAGUAGUGAUUCAUCGUUUAUGGCAGAUGCUGUCCUCCACUUAGAAUUAGAGCAUGUGCCUUGUUUUGUGUAUGCCUUGGACAGAAUGGUGAAAAAGGCAUUUAAAGCCUCAGAAGAUGUUGUGGCUGCUGCGAAUCGAGUUAGGGCAAUUGCAUCCUAUUUGCAGUACUCCUGUGAUGGUGUGAGUAUGUUGAGAGAAGUGCAAGGCUCUUACAAUGCUGACAUUCCUUUGAAAAAGAUUCUUGAGAGAGAUGAAGAGGACAGGUGGAUGUCAACCUUACACAUGAUCCGUCAUUAUCUUACUCUUCAUGAAGAGCUUUCAGCAGCAUUGUGUUAUUUGGGAAAGACUGAUAUCUGCAUACUCGAAAUUGAUGUUGGCAUUAUGAAAAAAGUAGUAGAGACUCUGGAGCCUUUUGAAUUAGCUGCAGAAGAACUGUGUGUUGAAGAGCGUGCCACACUUUCUACGGUGAUUCCAAUGCUCAAGCAGCUACAGAGUUGCUUGUCAGAACUACAGUAUCAAGAUUUCACCUUUACUUUAGUGUUACAGACGGAGCUCAGCCGUUUGUCUUCAUCUCUGGAGGGAAAUUUUACCGUUGGAGCUUCCACUGUCCUUGAUCCUCGAUUCAAGUAUUUGCCCUUCAGUGACUCUGCCAAAGCAAAGAACAUUGAAAGUCGUCUAACUUCAAUGCUGACUGAAGUCUAUGAAGUGAAGUCUACUGAUUCCUCAAAUUUCACAGUGCCAGAUGAAAAAUCAGCAACGAAUGAGAAAUCUUUGUGGAACAAAUUUGAUUCAAAAGUUAUUGAUUUUUUGGAGACUUCUGCGAGUAAUACAUUUCUCCCAGCCAUAGAACUGAGACGCUAUUUUGAAAGCAGGCAGCUAAGAAGGCAAGAAGUGCAUCCAAUUGAUUGGUGGAAGUCAAAUGAAGCCCUUUUACCAAACCUGAGCAAACUAGCACAACAGUUUUUGGCCAUACCAGCAUCCGCAGUUCCUGCUAAAGUGAUUUUUUCGAAGGCAAGUGAGGCUUUCCUGGCAAAAAGAAGUUGUUUGGAAGAAAGGCAUAUUGACAAGAUGAUUUUCUUAAACAAAAACGCUUGCAGCAAAUUUAUGAAAUUAUGUUAGCAAGUCAUUUUAUUUGUUUUCUGGAAUCAUGUCCACAGAUCGUUUGGGGGAAUGAAUUUGAGAUGAAACUACACAAUUUUCAUGGGCAGCACAUUUUAGCUUAUUUGUUACUGUUGUCUUUUUGUUUUUUUUUAUGCUUUUUAGUCUGAAUAUUGAACCUCUUACUGCAAGCGAUGAGAACUUUUUUAGCAGCUUUGACCUUUGAGUCUUUGAACACAAAAUUUUUAGCAGAUGUUCUCACCCAUAUAUGGUCCUUGAAAACUGAAAAAUAA